UACACAAGUCUUCGCGAUGGUUUACGGUAAUUACAGGACAUCGAAACUUGUACAGAGUGAGAGGUCUUCGCUUUGUACAUGUCCCAUUGAGGGAGAGCGAUGACAGAGGAUGGGAGCAAAGCUGCGGCACUGAUAGAGGAGAAGUGACGAGAAGGCAAAGUGAAUGAGUGUUGGUGCAUGAGGCCUUCAGGUCCUGCUAAUAUAACCCAUGGAGCCAGACAUCAUGCCCUUGCAUGCCUCCUCCCCCCCUCCACUGGAUGAUGAUGGAGAUGGGGAGGCGGGAUCAGAGGAGGACGAGUUUGGGGACUUUGGGGGAUUCUCUCUCGGGGUGUCUUGCUCGCCUCCUGGCUUUGCUGAUUCUACUGAUUCAUCAUCCAGCCUGGGACAGCCUUCUUCCAACAUAAAGCCAGCCGCCCAUCCAUUCAACUGCAGCUUUAAUAACCCAAUUAAACAAUCCCAACCCCCAUCCACUGUGAACUCGGAGUCUGGCAGGGGCCAAAAAGAUGUUGGAGGACAGGAUUAUAACACUGAAUCACGUGUGCACCUCACAAAUGGCUAUUCUGAAAGAGACCACCACUCUGGGACCCACAUAGCCUCUGCAGUGGGUGCGUGCUCUCCUAGGGAAGAGACAGGGUUUGCUGAUUUCACUGUGUUUACAGAGCAGGCAGCACAUCCCUGGUGCUGUGGCUUCACUCCCUUGGGCAGCACAGAGCAAUGGGAUGGCACAGCGGUAGGAAAAAACUCUUCCAACAGACUGGGUGAACAAAUUUGUGACCCAGGACAGGAGGUUAUUAUGGACUCUGAGCCCAGACCUCAUUCUGCAGACAAGGCGAAAGAAAAAGUUUGCACUAUGGUCAAGCACUGUGAGAAAAGAGAUGCAGCACUUGUGCUACCAUCUCAGGACCACCAUCAGCCUCAGGAAGCUGCAGCAGCUUUGGAUUUUCCAUCUGAGGAGCCUCAUUCUGGGGAGGAAGAGUCAGGCAAGCCCGGGGACAGCCAGAGGGGACGGACGCAUAGUUUUAACUCUUUACAAUCCAUGGAGGUGCAGGAGGAUGGGAAGGCAGAAGAAGGCAUAGAUGAUCAAGAAAAGAGCAUUUCUAUUAACCCCCAGUCAUUCAGUAUGUAUGAGUCUGCUUCAGAGGACCUGGCAUCCUUCUGUGAGGAUUUGUCAUUUGAGGGUCCCUCUUUGGAUUUGGAACCAAACGUUUCAUCUCUUGCUUCGGGGGAUCAGACUGACUGGGACCAGACUGAUGACGAAGAAGAAGAGGUGGGAAACUACAGUAAUUCUGACUCUUUUGUCAACAACAGCGUGGAAAAUCUCCCACAGUCUAAGGCAGAGAAGGGUUUUCAUUAUUGCGACCAAUCUGCGACUCAGGAAACUUCUGCUACCUCCAACCAAUCACAAUCAGGAACACAUACAGAAGACAAUUUUGCAGACUUCAAAGACUGUAGUUUUGAGCAUCAAAGGGACCAAGGACAUGUCCAAACAGCUGAUGAAGGAGUGCAGAGUCUAGGAAACCUCCCACCGAGUGACAGCUUUGCAGAUUUCUGCUCAGCGCCCAUGCAGGAGGAUGGAGAUGGGUCGUGGGCGGAGUUUAAGGUCCAGAGGGCUCAGGAGGAGGGAGGAACUUGGACACAGUUCAGAGAGCAAGUCAGCAGCCUGCAGACUGAUGGGAGCACUCAGGAGGAGACGGACAGGCCAGGGCAGGAUGGGGUUUCCAGGAGGAACAGCUGUCAGGCGUCACUUUCUUGCCGUGUCCAGCAGCUACUCCUGGCCAGUUUUCCAGAGGGAGAGGUCCCAGCUGCGGAGGGUGAGGAGGAGGUGCUCAGCCUCGGUGCUCUGCUUCACGCCCGACACCUCACUGAGAGUGAGGAGGAGGAGGAGGAGGAGAUACCAGAACUCUGUCCCGGAUCUCAGUGGAUUCAACAGGGGAUUUGGUGGCCACCUCAGGACCUCCACAGUGCAGUUGGCCUCAAGUUUCAGUGGGGAGGUUCUCAUACAAACAGGACUCUGCUCAGGUGCCUUGGCGUGGACACAAGGAAUAUUGUUUUCAUUGGCAUGAAGAAGCAGCCAGUGGCUGUACCUGCUUUUGCAUCCAACCUGGGAAUGCUAGAGCCCACCAAAGACUCUGUGUCUGCUGUCUGUUCUCCGGGACACACAACGGUCACAGCACAAGCUCCUCCAGUACCCAGGGACACAACGGACCCCUCAACAGAUUCAAUGCAGGAGGCGCUCCCCUCCAGCCAGCUGGACUGGAGCCGCCACGGCCUUAGCAGCUCUCAGGACGGUACGUCCCCUCGCCGAGCCCCUCACUUCUGGGGCCGGAAGUAGACUACAGUAUCAGCCAUCCCCUACCUGGCUUCUUCUAAUAAACCAAAACUUUUGAGUGUUUACUCUGGGCGUACUCCUCUGGACUCCUCCUCACUUCCUCCAGGGCAUGUUCUGCUUCUUUUAAUUUACACUGUGUUUCCCCUCUAUUCAUGCAGCAGUAGUGGGUGACCACAACAUUUCAUCAUUUAAAUGAAUUUCCGCUCAUGAUGAACACAGAAUAGAAAUCAUGUUGUUGUCAUUAUGAUUUGUCCAAACAAGAAAACUUUUGGAGAUAUAACUUCACACAGACCCAAAACUGGGACUCAAACAGAAACAUUAGUCACAAUUAUUCCAGAACAAUAAAAGGGGAAACACUGUACUGGCUUCCCUUUUCUUCCCUCUCAGCUACUCUAGUGUCUACUUUUACCUGCUGCCAGCUUUUACAAAGAAUGUAUCUUCAGUAUUUAUCAGUCCCUUUUGUUAUUGGGAAACACUGUAGUGUCCAUCUUGAAGGGGGUAUCACUCGAUAUGGGUAAAGGCUACUGAAAACAAGAUGUGCAUACUGUUAUUUUUCAACAUGAUGAUUCUGAUAACAAAUCUGAGGGCAAUGCUAAAGUAAUAUCACAUUUGAAAAGCAUUCAAUACGAAACUAAAUAACUAUCAACUCAUGGAGCAUGGUCAUAACAUGUGCCUUGUUGAUGUAAUGGAUGUGUUUACUUAAAGCAUUUUAAUUUAAUUUAUUGGUGGCCACUGUGGAGGUUAAACUCUUCCAGUGUUAAUACUCUCUACUGUGUGCCAUUUGCUCAGUGCAUGGCUGUAUUACACACUUAGACUUAAACUAUGAAUCUAACAGCAUCAUCCAGUUUUUGGCUUUAUUUCACACUGAGGUCUCUUUAUAUUUAGAUGGAAACUAUUUAUUUCUUCAUAUUUGCACGUAAAGGAUUUCUUUGCAUUUAAUAAAGAAAACAAAGGCAAAAAUAUUCUAAUUUGAUUUAAUCAGAGUCAGUAGGGUUUAGAUCAGUAUUUGACCAGAAAAGAUUUAUCAUAAAACUUGAAUUUCAAAAAGGAUUGUUACAAUUAUGUAGGAAAUCACUGUACAUGGAGUGUGUUAUAUAUAAUUCAUGGAGAUAAUAAAGCUUUAUAUAUGGAUUUGUUAGUCAAUGAGAGAUGGUUGAGUCUAACUAGAUCCAAUACAACACACACACAAGAAAGACCAGAAAAUAUGCAAAUCCAUAAAUAAGAUUGUGUUUGUUUGGCUUGUAAGUGGAGAAGUUAAUGAUCAGACUUUGCAUUUCAGGACAGUGAUAGACAAAAAACUUUGCAGUACAUUUUGCGGCUGCGUGUGAGUCGCAAGAAAUUUUUUAAGGAAUAAAAACUUUGCAAACUACCUACUAUACCGUAGGAACUGUUUGUUUGACUGUUAGUGCCAUAUUUGAUAUUGCACUCUUGAAUUGUCAGCAUGCUGACAUGUCUCUGGUUUGUGGCAUUGCAAGCUGGAAGGAGUUGAGCAGCUGAUAAACUACAUUAAGAGUCAUAAACUCUACCAGUAAUUUCCUAUAAGACACCUAGAUGAAUUGAGUCCACAGGUAAAGACAACAUUUAGAUUCAAGAGAAGCCCCCUUCCUCCAGUGUUAAUAAACCUUAUGUUCUGUGUUUGACAAGAUUGUUUUUGUUUAGUUUUGAAUUUUACUCAUUUUCAGUGAUUAGAUGUCAUCAAGUAAUUAAUAACAAGCAUGACAGCGGAGUAGUGUUGUAAUAGUAAAGUACGCACAGCAGAGGGCAGUGUAUUCUCUGUGGGUGGCGCAGCAAAAGGGUCAAAACACAUUUGGUGUAUUUACUGUAUUUACAAAUUGACAAAAGAAUUUCAUUAAUUUAAAAUCAAACCAUGCAAUCACUCAUACUAAAAGACUAAAGAUAUGCACUUAAUGUAUAUAAAAAUACUAUUAUAUUUAUUAUUUUUUCAUGUGGUUGGUUAUAUGAAAUCUGAGGUUUUGAUAUGAUUAGAUCAUAAACAUGUUGGGGGGUUAUUGUCUUAAUAGAAAGAAAUUAUGUAUCUUAGACAUGAUUUCACAAUUAAAACAUGAGAAAAAUGAAAACAGAGCCAAACGUAAGACUGCAGUAGUGAUUACUGCUGUCACCUUAUGCUGCUUUUACUGUUUACUCCCUGUGCACUGAUUCAUAUACUGUAUGAGCAUGCUGAAUAGGAUAGAGGAGUGUUUAUUUCCAAAGUUUGAGAAAGAAAAGUCCAGUUGUCAGUAUUUAAUUGCCAAUCAAACAACUUUCUGUAACUGCAGUUACAGUAUUUCAUGAUGAGUUGUGCCUUUAUGCCAGCAGUUGUUUUCUAAAACGUUUUCAAAUGGUGAAAUUCUCUUUGGACCUAUAGUCUGUUGUUGUUUUUUCUUCAGGUUUACUGCUCAAAUCCAGACUCAGUGCACUGCAAUAAGGACUUAAAUAAAUAAGUUGAUAAAUCAGUCGAUCCUUUCUGCUCGGUUUUGCCUGUCUUUCCCCAGCUUUCUUCUCUUGUUGGGAGCUGCAUCACUUUUCUCUGCUGAAUGCAAAGUGUUCAAACACCUUGUUGUAAAGGAUAUAAACUGUUUAGAUAUCCUAGACAAUGCUGAGUCUGAAGGUGGUGUAAUUGAAGCCUAGUCUAGUUUAGGACAGCAAACAUUUCUGAUGACAGGUGACUAAAUAAUUGUUAAAUGUUAAGCAACAUCUCAAACAAUUAAAAGGUUCUUAUUAAACUUUCAUAACAACUAAAUCAAA